AUGAGCAACACAGAAGGUGAAAUUCUGACGAUUUUUGUGGGACAAUCUGGAGUCCAAGUGGGCAACGCGUGUUGGGAACUUUUUUGUCUCGAGCAUGGCAUAAAACCAGAUGGUUUCGUGGUUCAAGGUUAUGACACUGAUGACAACUCAUAUCAGACAUUUUUUUCCCCAUCUCAAAGCCAACAAUCGUUUGGUGGUGGCACAGGAAGUGGAUUUACUACAUUAUUACUAGAAAACAUAAAACAAGAUUAUGAUAAAUUAACAAAAUUAGAUUUUUCGAUUUAUCCAGCUCCACAUAUUUCAACGUCUGUAGUCGAGCCUUACAAUGCUUUAUUAACAACACAUGGAACUGUUGAUUAUGAAGAUUGUUGUUUUAUUGUUGAUAAUGAGGCACUCUAUGAUAUCUGCUCCAACAACUUAGAAGUUGAACGUCCAACAUAUACAAAUUUGAAUCGCCUACAAUCACAAGUAGUUUCAGCUGCUACUGCAUCAUUGAGGUUCGAAGGAUCACCUAACGUCAGAUUAGACGAAUUACAAACUAAUUUAGUACCAUAUCCACGGAUUCACUUUCCUCUAAUAACAUAUUCACCGAUAAUAACUGCAAGACAAGCAUCUAAUGUAGAUAUGAACGUAAUGCAUAUCACGAAUGAGUGUUUUCAACCUUCGAAUCAGUUGGUGAAAUGUGAUCCUCGAGAUGGUGCUUACAUGAGUUGCUGUCUGUUAUACCGUGGAAAUAUAAAUCCAAAUGACGUUAAUCAAUCGAUUAAAUUAUUAAAAGAAAAAAAAGAUGUGCGAUUUGUUAAUUGGAGCCCAACUGGUUUCAAGAUGCUGAUUGGUGGUGCAGUCAGUUACGUAGCUGGUAAACAAGCAGCAAGAACCAUUUAUUGGCGUACACUGAACAAUGGACGUUUGUUGAAAACAGCUAAAACAUGUAUGUUCCAAGGACCGCCAAAAUCGGCACCAUCAUCUACCUCAGCACUAGUUUCACCAUCUAUUCAAUCGACUAUUGAUGUUCUACCUAAAUCAAUCUUCAAAUUGUAA